UGGGCGUGGCCUGGGGAAAAUCGCCUAGAACGCAGCGGAGGUCCCAGCCCGGGAAAACGCCCUCUGCGGUGAAGGAGAGGUCACGCCGCCAUGCCUCCCUCUGGGCCCCGCGCAGCCCUCCUGCUGCCACCGCUGCUGCUGCUCCGCGCCGUCCUGGCCGUGCCCCUGGAGCGGGGGGCGCCCAAGGAGGGGAGCCCCGCGACCGAGAGCCCCGUGAGUGGCCCUGUCCUGCUCCCCAGCCAGGUGUUUGCAGGGGACACGGGUCUGUACUACCACCGCUACCUCCAGGAGGUCAUCAACGUGCUGGAGACGGACGGGCACUUCCGAGAGAAGCUGCAGGCCGCCAACGCCGAGGACAUCAAGAGCGGGAAGCUGAGCCGGGAGCUGGACUUUGUCAGCCAUCAUGUCCGCACCAAGCUGGACGAGCUCAAGCGGCAGGAGGUGUCGCGGCUUCGGAUGCUGCUCAAGGCCAAGAUGGAUGCAGAGCAGGAGCCCAAUGUACAGUUGGAUCACCUGGGCCUCCUGAAGCAGUUUGAGCACCUGGAUCCUCAGAAUCAGCACACGUUUGAGGCCCGAGACCUGGAGCUGCUGAUCCAGACGGCCACCCGUGACCUUGCCCAGUACGAUGCAGCCCAUCACGAAGAGUUCAAACGCUACGAGAUGCUCAAGGAACACGAGAGACGCCGUUACCUGGAGUCGCUGGGAGAGGAGCAGCGAAAGGAGGCCGAGAGGAAGCUGGAAGAGCAACAGCGACGGCACCGAGAGCACCCCAAAGUCAAUGUGCCUGGCAGCCAAGCCCAGUUGAAGGAGGUGUGGGAGGAGCUGGAUGGAUUGGACCCCAACAGGUUUAACCCCAAGACCUUCUUCAUACUGCAUGAUAUCAACAGUGAUGGUGUCCUGGAUGAGCAGGAGCUGGAGGCUCUCUUCACCAAGGAGUUGGAGAAGGUGUAUGACCCAAAGAAUGAGGAGGAUGACAUGCGGGAGAUGGAGGAGGAGCGGCUGCGCAUGCGGGAGCACGUGAUGAAGAAUGUGGACACAAACCAGGACCGCCUUGUGACCCUGGAGGAGUUCCUCGUGUCCACCCAGAGGAAGGACUUUGGGGACACCGGGGAGGGCUGGGAGACGGUGGAGAUGCACCCUGCCUACACGGAGGAGGAGCUGAGGCGCUUCGAGGAGGAGCUGGCGGCCCGGGAGGCCGAGCUGAACGCCCAGGCCCAGCGCCUCAGCCAGGAGACGGAGGCUCUGGGGCGCUCCCAGGGCCGCCUGGAGGCCCAGAAGCGAGAGCUGCAGCAGGCGGUUCUGCAAAUGGAACAGAGGAAGCAGCACCAGCAGCAGCAGCAACAAGGCCACAACGCCCCAGCCCCUGGCCCCGAGGGACAACUCAAGUUCCAGCCCCACAACACAGAUGACGCUCCUGUCCCAGCUCCCGCCGGUGACCAGAAGGAUGCAGUUGCUUCAGAGAAGAAGGUUCCUGAACAGCCCCCCGAGCUGCCCCCGCUGGAUUCCCAGCACCUGUGAUCUCAGGAACGUGGCAUCGGGCUCGUACCGCCGCAGCUGAUGGGAGGA